AUCGCUUCACUGGUGGACUGAGUAAAAGAGUGGUUGAGAGGCCGCUUAUCCAAAAAACCUGCCCCCUUGUAUUAGCCAGAACCUCCCCGCAGGGAGGGACAGCGUCCACCACCGCAGGCACCGGCCGGUCGCCAGUGGUCUGUAUAAAAGGCACCAGCAGAGGGGACUGUGUAUUAGCUGGGAUGGCCCGGUGGCACGUGCUGCGCUGCAGCCCUAUGGGGCUGCCUCGGUCCUGGGCUGAGGGUCUUCCGAGCGUGAGCAUGCGCCGUAGCAGCAGCGUGCCGGUGGUCAGGGACGUGUACCCAGAGAACAGCAGCUUAGUCCGACCGUUCCAUGAGAUUCCUGGGCUCUGGAAGAACGGGGCGGCAAACCUGUAUGCCUUCUGGAAACAAGAUGGCUUCAAGAACCUUCACCACAUCAUGGUGAACAACUUCAACAAAUUUGGACCUAUCUACAGGGAGAAGAUAGGUUACUAUGACAGUGUGAACAUCAUCAAGCCUGUGGACGCAGCCACCCUGUUCAGAGCAGAGGGCUACUAUCCCAAGAGGCUGAGGGUCGAAGCAUGGACAUCAUACAGGGACUACAGGAAUCGCAAAUAUGGAGUUCUACUCAAGGACGGGGAAGACUGGAGGUCCAACAGGGUUAUUCUCAACAAGGAAGUCAUUUCUCCAAAGAUGCUUGGGAACUUUGCCCCGUUACUGGAUGAAGUUGGCCAGGACUUUGUGGCUAGGAUUCACAAAAAGAUUGAGAGAAGUGGACAGAACAAAUGGACAACAGACCUAUCUCAAGAACUUUUUAAAUACGCCCUGGAAUCGGUGGGCUCGGUGCUGUACGGAGAGCGGCUGGGUCUGCUGCUGGACUACAUCGACCCAGAGGCCCAGCACUUCAUCGACUGCAUCACCCUGAUGUUCAAGACCACCUCUCCCAUGCUGUACAUCCCCCCAGCCCUGCUGAGGACGCUCGGGGCCAAGGUCUGGAGGGACCACGUCCAGGCCUGGGACGGCAUCUUCGGCCAAGCCGACCGCUGCAUUCAGAACAUUUACAGGAAGUUGAAGGAACCGGUUCAGUCCGAUAAAUACCCGGGGGUCCUGGCCAGCCUGCUCAUGCUUGACAAGCUGUCCAUCGAGGAUAUCAAGGCCAGCGUGACGGAGCUGAUGGCCGGGGGGGUGGACACGACCUCCAUCACCCUGCUGUGGACCCUGUACGAGCUGGCCCGACACCCCGCCCUGCAGGAGGAGCUGAGGGCCGAGGUGGCCACCGCCCGCGCCCAGAGCCAGGGGGACCUGCUGGGCAUGCUCAAGAGGAUCCCCCUGCUGAAGGGGGCGCUGAAGGAGACCCUACGACUACACCCAGUGGCAGUGAGCUUGCAAAGAUACAUCACAGAGGACAUUGCCAUCCAAAACUACCACAUACCAUCAGGGACUUUGGUCCAGCUAGGGCUGUUUGCGAUGGGCCGAGACCCCUCGGUGUUCCCUCGACCAGAGCAGUACCAGCCCUCCCGCUGGCUGCGGACGGAGAACAACUACUUCCGCAGCCUGGGCUUCGGAUUCGGCCCCCGCCAGUGUUUGGGCCGCCGCAUCGCCGAGACGGAGAUGCAGCUCUUCCUCAUCCACAUGCUUGAGAACUUCAGAGUGGAGAAACAGAGGCACGUAGAAGUGAGGAGCACCUUCCAGCUCAUUGUUCUACCGGAGACGCCCAUCAUAUUGACCAUCAAGCCUCUGCAAGGCCAACGAUGACUGGGAAGCUCACAGGAAACAAGCAGGAAUGACGUAUAAUGACAAUAAAUAUUUUAUAGAAUAUUGUAUACUUUCAUAGAUCAUGUGUAUUCUUUUUUAAUAUUUGUAACAAAAAGUAGCAUUUCACUGUGAUAAUCAAAUCCAAAAGCAUUACACAGUAGUCUUACAAAAUCGUUUUUAUCUUAAAAAAUAAAUGUUCUCUGUGCCAUUUGA